AUGACCGACAGCAGAAGCAAGGGAGCUGGAGCAGGCAAGUCUCACCGCGAGCCGUCUCACACCGCAGCCGACGGCGCGCUCCACCCGCAGUUCUCGACUGGCGCCGACCUAGCCAUCUUCGAGUCGUCCGACGGCGUGCGAUUCAAGUUCAGCCUACACCUCCUUGCCGGCCUCUCGACCUUCUUCCACGGCCUACUCGGCGUGCCCACCCUGCCCGGUCUUGAGGCCGACCCGAUGCCCCUUCCGUCGGCAGACGGAGAGACCCUAGCUCUGUGCUUCUCCCUGAUCCAGCAGCAGACGAGCGCGCGCUCUCGCCCACCCAACGCCGGAGUCGCAUGGCCUACGCCACACAUCCUGGAGCAGGUCAUCGACGUGGUCAAGGCGUAUGACCUCCCCAUCGUCGCUGACGUUCUACUCCGCCGCUCACGGGGCGCAAGAGGUUGGAAGGCGCUGGCCAUGCAGCGCUUCCUCCUCGCUGCGGCAACCGAGAGUGCCUACCUCGCCCUCGCUCGUCGCGACACGCUGUGGUGCGACCUGUCCACACUUGGCGAGUUUGAGGAGGGCAUGUUCUCCCUUCUGGACGGCAGCAUGGUGUUCGAGCUGUUCGCAUUCCACCGCCGCUGGGCUGACGGCGUGCGCGACCUCGUCGCCAACCUCUCCAAGCGCUGCAAGGGCCUCGAUUGCGACGACCAUAUCGUCGCACUGCACCUCAAGCUCCUUGGGGACAAGUCGCUGCUCAAGGGUAGCGCGCGGACACAGUUUGUCAAGGGCGUCCCCACUGCUGCGCGCGACCCCUUCAAGGAUGAGCUCGACGGGUUGAUGGAGCUGCUGGCGAACAUGUGA